GCUGCUGAGCUACAGGGGGGAGGAGAGCAGACCGAGUCUCUGACGGACAGAGGACAAGACUGCUGAUUCUAAAACGGCAUCGUGUGAGGAACUCAUUUUAGUGUGAGGGAAAAUACCACAAGCUCAAGAAACAAUGACGAUCAAACAUAGGAAUGUGGGGGGAAAGGCAUCCAGUAGAGAGACAAGUCCUUCACUAUCCACCAUAAUGCAUCAAGGAAGAAGUUAAAUUUAACUCACAAACUCUGCAGUCAUGCCUUGUGUCUACAGGUUAAGAUGGCGGGCUGCGUUAUUACCUCUGCUUUUUAUCACACAUGUUCAUCUUUUAUCAGCAGACACUCUGCAGUACCUCUACACCGCCUUCACACCUGGAAUACAUUUCCCUAAAUUCACUGCUGCUGUUCUGGUGGAUGGAGAGCAGGUUGUGUCCUAUGACAGCAACAUCAGUAAGAUGAUCCCAAAGACGGAGUGGAUGAAGAAGAUUGAAGCUGAUGAUCCAGGUUACUGGCACACUGAGACACGGCGUAUGAUUGAGCAGCAGGACUGGUUACAAGACUUUGUGUAUCGUGCAAAGCAGAGACUUAAUCACACAGAAGGAGAUCAUAUACUACAGAGGGUGUACGGCUGUGGGCUCGAUGAUGUCAUCACUGGAGGAUAUGAUCAGUACGGUUAUGAUGGAGAAGAUUUCAUCAGUCUAGAUCUGAGAACUGGAACCUGGACUGCAGCUAAUGAUAAAGUGAAGAGUUUUAUAAACCACUGGGAUCCUGAAGGCGAUAAGGCUGAACACUGGAAGGACUUUGUGAAGACAGACUGUAUUGAUCAGUUAAAGAAGUUAGUGUCUUACGGGAAAGAAACUUUGGAGAGGAAAGUUCGUCCCGAGGUCUCAGUGUUCCAUAAACACUCUCCUUCUCCAGAGAUGGUGUGUCAUGCUACAGGUUUCUUCCCCAAACCACUAAACAUCACCUGGCAGAAGGACGGAGAGGACGUGCAUGAGGACGUGGAUCUCAGAGAGACGUUACCCAACCAGGAUGGAAGCUUCCAGAGGAGAAGCAUUCUGAAAGUCCCAGCUGAGGAGCUGCAGAAACACACCUACACCUGUGUUGUUCAGCACAGCAGCUUGGAGAAGGAGUUAGUGCGAGAAGUACCAAAAGGUGGAGGAUCAGCUGGAGGAUCAGUUGGAGAAUCACGAAGAGGACCAGAUGCAGGAUCAGAUGAAGGACCAAUUGGUAUUCUGGUUGCUGUAUUUGUGGUUCUUGGCACCAUUGCUGUAAUUGUGUGUCGUAAGAAGAAGAACUCUGGCUCCAGACAUGAUGUACCCAAACCCUUGUGACUGUGUGCACACGCACUAAGGCGGAGCAUGGGAACGAGUAUCCAAAAUUCCACAGUGCAAAAGGGAGAGAAGAACCACUGACUCAGUUGUGAUCAUGUGACGCUCAUCAACCCAAGUUACUCACAAUCUAAUGUUCCACUGUCGUUGAUGGUUACAGAGUUUGUAGAAAUAAUUCAACGGUUAAAAGCUAAAAAUAAUCUGCUGAUCUUUAAAGGUCCCCUAUUAUGCCAUUUUAAAGGUUGCUAAUAUUGCUUAAUAAGUCUCUUAAAACAGGUUUACAUGUA